UUCCAACGGCUCUUUGUUCUCAAGUAAUGUCUACUUUCUAGUCUGUACUACACUAGUGAAGACCAAAGGGUAAAUGGCUGGCUUGGCCGGUCGCACCGAAACGGACCAGGGCCGUCUCACACACGCUUUUGAUGCCGGAUUAUUGUCCGGUUCGUUGCCGGCCGACACACCUAGCACGGCCGACGCCGAUGACGACGACGACGACGACGAGGAACCCUUCCUUGAACCGUCUCCACCAGACUCGUCGACGGAAGAUUCUAUCAGCGACUCGAAUCGGUGGGGUGAUCUGGCUGCCAGCAUCCAUGUCUUCGCAGGAACUCUGUUGCGGAUGGAGGUGGAGGAGAUGGAGGUGGUCAAGGCUUGGGAAGCAUCGCGGAUGGAAUCGGAGAAGCGUAGAGUGGAAUUAGAGUUGGAGAUGACUCAGAUGUUGUUGAAGAUACAGCUCCAGGUCGCUUCGUUUAUUUCCCAAAAGAAUCGGAAUCGGAAGCGGAAGAGGAAGCGUGUCGAGGAGGAAGACGAUAAUUCGACCUGGGAACGGGAGGCAGUUCUGCUGCUUGGGUUGCUUCAAUGCAAUCAGGGCUUUUGAAGGGACACGACCACCGGUCGAGGCAUCAUGCACGUGUACUAAUGGUAUUUAUUGUUUAUUAUGAUGUUGUAUGGAUAAGGGGAAAGUUUUCCUUUCCUUCACUCAUCUCUAUGAUCUUAAAGUUACUUCAACCCUAUUGACGAAGGUCAGAAAUGCCCUUUCCAUUGGUCCUGGAGUCCCAUUCAAGUGUCAAAAUCCAUGAGUGAAGAGGUGAAGGGAAACUCUUUCUGAUGGAUAAACACUUCUUUUUUUUUUUUUCCUGGGGUGGGUGGGGGUGGGGGAGGCGCUUACAUUUAUCUUUUUUUAUUUAAAGUAGAGUGUGGGCUCAGAUUUGAUGAAAUAAGAAUUUUUAAGUUGGAACAUAAUCUGGAAACUCAAAGAAGGCAUGACAUCUGAAUCUUGUCCUUACAGCUCCAA